GGAAUAUUAUUAUCCCAGGUGGCAGUGAGGACAGCCAUAUUCUGGAUAAGAUUGUGCCAAUACUUGUUGCCAAACACACUGCUUCUUCUUGGUGAUUACAUAACAUUAUCCUGAAGGCAACUUCAUGCGGCAGUGGUUAAUUAUCAGCUCCCAGAUGCUUUCUCUUCAGUCUCUCUUCAAUCAAAACCAGCGGCCGCCUUUGAUAGCCACCAAAAAAUGCUCUGAUGAUGUUUUGAGGAGAAGGAAUUUUCACCCAUCGCAUUAUUCUGCGUCUCGUUUUUGCAUUUUGUGUGCAAGAGAGACAGAUUCUCAACAAUUUGAGGUUGACCCAGAUAAGGCCAGGCAGGCCCUUCAAGAGCUUGAUCAGCAGCUUGAAUCUUUCUCCAAGAAACAAGUCACUUCUCCCAAGAAGAAAGUUCAAGAUAUGAAGCUUCCAAGAAGUCAAAUGAGAGGAGAAAUGACAGAGAUUGCAGGGACCGUUUUAGCAAAUUCAGCUGUUGUUCUCUUCAUCUUCUCCAUUUUCUACAAUGUGCUGUUUUAUACCGUCAUAAAACCUUCCAUUGAUGGACCAUUACCAAGUUCAAUCAGUUCUGACUUUGAGAAAGAAUCUACUGAGCCACCAGUUUUGCAGCAGCUUCCACUUUCAUCUGUGUUCAUAUCCCCCUCACUUCUUAGUUAAAUCUUUAUAAUAAUAAUAAUAAUAAUAAAAAGAAGAUAUUACAGAAAUUUAACUAUGGCUAUCUAAAUUGUAAUUAAAA